GGUAUACGCAAGAUAUAUGCCCAUGAAAUUUUCAGCACCAAAAGUACUGGCUUACGCCAAAGGAAUUCUGCGUAAUAAAAAUAUACCUAACAAUAGACGUGUAACGAAAUAUAACGUUAGUACUAAUACCACCAACUCCGAUAAUAAUUCCAAACGUGGAUAUUGA